AGAUAAGGAAAUGUGGAUUUCCAUUAGUUUUGAAAUCUCGGAAAUACGGUUGUAAUACUCAAAUCAAAGGUAUUUUAAAGUAUUUGCAAAUAUUAGAGAGCUUCCGAUAUAAGUUAUUUGGAAUAUGCCAACCUGUACUUGUACAAGUCAGGUAUAGCACUGGGAAUUCUGGAAAUGAAGAAAGAGUGCUUCAAAUCACAACAAAUAUUGCUGGAAUAUUUAGGAAACGAGGACAAUUUUUUGAUGAAAAGUGCUUUUCUAGUUUCUUUGAGAAACCUUCCUCCCCAUUGGUGCAUAUGUCAUUUAAAAGUUAAAGUUGCAGUAUAAGUUUGGCUGAAAACUUAUAUUGAAAGCUCUCUAAUCUCUCACUUAUACCUAAGAAAAUAAAAUAUGGCUGCUUAUUAAAAUUAUAAAAUGGG